AUGGGAAGGCCUCCUUGUUGUGAUAAAGCAAAUGUGAAAAGAGGCCCUUGGACUGCUGAGGAAGAUGCAAAAAUUCUUGCUUAUGUAGCCAGUCAUGGAAUUGGCAACUGGACCUUGGUCCCUCAGAAAGCAGGUCUGAAUAGGUGUGGAAAAAGCUGUAGGCUCAGAUGGACCAAUUAUCUACGUCCUGAUCUUAAGCAUGACAACUUCACACCUCAAGAAGAAGAGUGCAUCAUUGAGCUUCACAAAACCAUUGGUAGCAGGUGGUCUUUAAUAGCAAAGCAAUUACCUGGGAGAACAGACAAUGAUGUCAAAAAUUAUUGGAACACAAAACUGAAGAAAAAGCUUGUGAACAUGGGAAUUGACCCUGUAACACAUAAACCAUUUGCUCAAGUCUUUGCUGAGUAUGGAAAAAUCAGUGGUCUCCCAAUUCAAAAUGCAAGAAAUCAUAUCUGUUUGCCCAACAAUACUACUGAAAUAUCAAAGCAACUUCCAUUCUCAUUACGAGAAAACUACUCCACUCAAAAAUACACAUGGGAUCCUAAGGCUCAGUAUCAAGUCAUCCAUGAGGAGACUCUUCAAACACACAGUUUUAGUGAAGUCUCCCCCUUGAUUUCAUCAGCAACUUAUUUUAACCCAACAGUAUUCAGCUCAUCGUCUUCUUACGCUUCCGUGCAAUCUCAGGUUCAUACCACGGCAUCUUCUUCGUCAACAUCUACUUGGAACGAGUUUGUAUUUGGAGAUCUGUGUACAUCCACAGAUACAGAACAAAAACAGGAAUACCAACUCCAAGCUGGGAUAUAUUUGUCAAAGGAUCUGUCAAAUUCAGUUCACAAGGACAAUCCUACUUGUGGGGAAGUGACUGAAGUUGAGGAAAACCAAUCUGUUGAAGAAGCCACUUGUUCCUCUGCUGUGGAUUCGUUCGUGGACACCAUCUUGGCUCGCGACAAGCAAAUGCUAAUGGAUUUUCCUCCACUUUUAGAUGUAUACCUUGAUUAUUGACUAUUGAUAUACAUGGUGUUACAAUUUCGCGAGUUGGAAUAAAUGUUAAGAGGACUCUUUUGCUUUGCCAAUUCCCUUUACCCCUAUUGCUAGGAGCCUGUUUCGAGUUCCUCAGCUUAUGCUCUAACUUCUAAUAGUAACCGUAAGAGAUUUUCUAUUUCCUUCUUAUUAUAGCCAAAGUAAAGGUUUCAAGAAUGAAAUGCCCUGCAAAGCAAACCGAAGAAAAGAUUUAAACUCACAAGAGUGAAACCAUAGUCAUCUAUAUGCCUAGAGAAAGCGAGAGAGAUCACACGUAAAAGCAUACACACCCCCAAGUGCAUCUUGAAUCUUUCUUACUCCGGCUGUGAAGAGA